AUGAUGUAUCUGACUUUGGUCCUGGUUCUAUUGGCCUCUCUAUUUGGGGCAGAGGGCUGCUACUGCCCUGAGAAUUGGUCCCCGAAGGCCGAAAUUUGUGGCAACAACGGGGUUAUCUACAAGAAUCGCUGCGUCUUCGAAUGCACUCAGCGGGAAUUCCGAAGACGGGGAGAAACUCUGACUUUGAGCCAAUUGGGAAAAUGUCCUAAGACCUACGGAUAAAGUUUUUACUUUAAGAUAUUAUAUAUAAUCCAUGUGCUAUUAUGUCAGUACUAUAUUAUUGUUGAAUAUUUUAGCCUAUUGUAAA